GUUCUCUUCCGUUUUCGCUGUAUUGCUAGCGAAUGGAGUAAAAAAGGAACUAGUCUCUGUGUGCGUGAGCAUCAGUGCACGAAUCACUAUUCGGAUUAGAAUAUGGCAGAAAUUUUGAAAAAAGCUUUGAAAGAGAAAUUUAAUCACGAUGCUUUCAAAAGUACCAUUCAGUUGGAGGCCACUAAGGCUGUCUAUGAAGGAAAAGAAGAUGUUUAUAUUUGUAUGCCCACGGGAUCAGGAAAAUCUCUUUGUUUUCAAUUACCGGCCAUUCUGCAAGAAAACAAAGUUGCGCUCGUGUUUUCACCACUUAUUGCCUUGAUGAAAAAUCAAAUAGAUUUUUUAACAAGCAAGAAAAUACGGGCAUGUACAUUUAACUCACGAACUCCAGAAUCGGAAAGGAAAGAGAUAAUGAAGGAUUUAAACUCGAAGGAGCCAAAGCUAAAAUUACUUUAUAUUACUCCAGAGAUGAGCGUACAAAUGAAUUUUCAGAACUUUAUAGAAUCUUUAAGUAAGGCAAAAAAGAUUUCAUACUUGGUCAUAGAUGAAGCUCAUUGUUUAAGUGAGUGGGGACACGAUUUUCGACCAAGUUACAGGAAAUUAGGUGUUUUCAAAAUAAUAUGCCCUGAUAUUCCUAUUAUUGCCUUAACAGCAACAGCUACCAAGGAGGUAAAACAAGAUAUAUUUGAAACCCUCUGUAUGACAAAACCAAAGAUAUUUUCAGUGCCAAUCUUUCGUUCUAAUCUUUACUAUGAUGUGUGGUUUUUGGAUUCAAUGAAAGAUCCCUUUCAACACCUAAAGAAGUUUAUUGAAGAUUCACUUGGAAUUACAAACAAGUCUCUUCCUAAGGAAAAAAGAAAUUCUGGUAUAAUUUACUGCAGAAAGAGGGAGACAAGUGAAACAGUUGUGGAAAAACUUAAUAAAUUAGGCAUACCAACUCUUGCGUACCAUGGUGGUUUGAAAGCUUCUGAUCGGGUUACUGUCCAGGAUAAGUGGACUUCGGGUGAGGUCCCUGUUAUUGCAGCAACCUGUAGUUUCGGAAUGGGUGUAGAUAAGGGUUCUGUAAGAUUUGUUGUACACUGGACAAUACCACAAAACGUUGCUGCAUAUUAUCAAGAAUCUGGAAGAGCUGGUAGAGAUGGCAAACCAGCCUUUUGUCGAAUUUAUUUGAGUAACAAUGAAUAUUCUGCCAUUUCAUUUCUCUUAAAAGAUGUUAAUACUGGUAAAAAUGCUGAUCAGGAAAAGUUGAGGUGGAAAGGGUUUGAACAGAUGGUUGCAUACUCUCUCGAAGUAAAAUGUCGACAUGCUGUCUUUUCAAAGUAUUUUGGAGAUAGUCCACCCAUAUGUAAAGACAAAUGCGAUGUCUGCAAAGAUGAGCAAGUUGUGAAAAAUAAAAUUGCGGAAUUUGAAAUGUGUCAAGUAAAAGCACGGAUGCCAGCUAAAAAUUUUGAAGGAUUUGGUCUUGAAAAAUUUGAUUAUGAUGCGUGUGAUAAUGAAGGUUCAAGAGAUAGUGAUUCACAAGAAUCUAAACGGGAAGAAAAAGAGUUUAUACUAAAGCAAUUCGCUUUACGCAGAGGAAAUCGAGUAGAGCAGGUAAAAAAAGAGAAUAUCGAAUUAGCCAAAACCGCAACAGUAUAUGCCGCAGAAAGCACGGAUAGGAAAAUAAAAGGCUUAGCUGUUCAAGUUCGUGAAAACAUGUGUAAUGAAUUACGAACAGCUCUAUUGGAAAAUUAUAACAAACUUCAGGUCAUUGAUGAAAUUGAUUCUUGCAUCAAAGAAAAAGAUGUUGAUGAAUUGGGUUUUGAGUUGGAAUAUCAGGUGUUAUGUAGUACUAAAAUUGCCUCUAGAUACAGAUAUAAUAUCUCUCAAUUGGUGUCAUCUGUUAGAAAGUGCACUAGUACCGCUACAAUUGAUGUACAUAUACAAGAAUUAAUUUCAAAGAAGCAAACAUCUUCUACUAAUACUAGCAGUAACAGUAAUAUGAAGGAAGAAAUAUUCGAAAGAUUUAACCCUUCUACAGAGUUUGACGAUGAUCAAUUGUAUAAUGGUGAAAAUAUAGGCAGUGUUUCGAGAAAGAAACGAUAUGAACAUGGAUUCAGGACAGCCCUAGAAAUAAGCAAUAGUGCUUCUAAAAGUGUAAAUAAAAUUCAUAAUUCAAUAGAAAGCAGCUUUACAAGUUCAGUUAAGACUGUUUAUGAUAAGUUAAGUGACGACAAGGAAAUUGAUAAUAAUUUAGAAGUAAAACCGUUUGAGUGUGGUUUUAAGACUGCCUUAGAAAUAAGUAACAGUUUUAAAAAACUUUCCGAAAAUCCGGUAUGUUCAAAGAAGGGCAAAAAGGGUACUAAACUUACCGAAAAGUGUAGUUCCUCACAAUCGAAAAUUGAAACGUAUUUUAAAAGUGUAGAUAAAAGCGAAAAUAGGAAUGGUGAAAAGGAAGACGAGAUAAUAGAUAAAAAAAUGCAGCCGGAAAUUUCUUCGAUAACAAAAACAACGUUACUUCGACUAGAGGCCAAAGAGUCAAAAGAAGCGUAUGUGAAAAAACUAGAUGUAAAACAUGCUAAACAAAAAGAGCAGGUUAAUUUAAAUUCAAGAAUUGAGAGCGUGGAACAGGAUUUGGACGGAAUAUAUUCAGACAAUUCUUAUAAUAACAAUAUACAUUAUAAUAUUGCAGUUUCUGAUAUUUCUAAAACAAUAGAAGAAAAACAGAAACAUAUUGGUCAAAACGAAAAAGAUAUGGCAGAUACAAGACAAUUGUUUGUUACUGAAAAAACUGCUGAUAAAAGGAAGCGUAAACAUUCUGAUUGUGUAGAUAAAAAACUAUCUCUUCAGACUUCGAAAGAUAGGAAAAGACCCAAAAUCAACCCUGAAAAGAACGAAAUUAAAUCGAAAUCACCACUUGAUAAAAAGAAGGAUCAGGGUAAAAACAAUAUCACAAUUGAAUCAUUAACAGUACUCAAAGCUGAGGAUCACAAUGUACACAAAAAUGAUAAUAUUAUGUCUUCUAGCAGUAGGCAUAAACAAGAAGAACGAAGCAAGAAAGCAAAUUGUAAACAAUAUGAAAAAACUAAAGGUGUAGAUAAAGCUGUACAAUUUGAGACUGCUCGGAUUUUAAAAAAAUAUUUAAUGAGGCACUAUCCUUCGCCGCCGAUUCCGGAUAAGGCAACAUUUACAAGUGUUUGUCGGGAAAUGCAUCAGGAUAUUCUUGGACGACAGAUAUAUGCUCCUGAAGGCAUAAAAAAUGUUGUAAAGAAAUUUAUCAUUGAUAAUAACAAACAAAAACAGCCAUCUUCCAGCUCAGGAAUGCAACAUACUUAAAAUAAGAGAUUCUAUAGUUGAAUCCAUAUUCGUCUGAUUUCACCAAUUGCUCACAUUUGUGAGUUACCCAGGCAUAAUUCCAGAGAUAUUAGCUCACCCGUUCCUCAGUAGGACAUGUUAGUUUCUAUUGUAUGAUAUCGUUCCUUGUCCCGGAAAUUAUACGUUCCUAUUUUUGCUUCUUUAGUUGAGUGUAUAAUAAUUUGUGAGAAUGACUACCUUUUAAAAUAAGAUGUAUUUCUAAUAUUUAUAAUAAAAUGGAAGAAAAAUUUGAACACCUCAUUUGAAGUGAAAUUUCUUGUUUUAUCAGCAUAGUGCUUUAUAUCACUGAAAAAUAGAAAAUACAUAGUUCCCGUUGUAUUAAAUGUAUGGUAACAUUUAGUCAUUGUCAAGGGAUAGUAUGGGUUACUGGCAAAAGUAAAAUCAUUUUAAUGUUUAUUAUAAAAUUCCUUUAUUGAGCAAUGUUUAACGCGCACUCAGAUCACAAUUAGAUCUCACUGGCAAGAUUCGCACUGUUUCAUUAAAUAAUUAAGUGAAAAAGUUUUUAUCACAUUCCACUGCGCACCGGCGCAAUUAAAAUUGCUAUUUCACUGAUAUUGCGGACUUGAGGCAGAUUCUCUUAAAUCGAGAAAAUGAUGUAUAAAAUUAUAUUAUAUAUUAAACUACGGUUUAUCGCUAUUCUGCGUAUUAAUCCUCAUUAUUAUAUAAAUAUAGAAACAUGAAAAUAUUUGCAUGUUAUCGCAUGCAAUGCGGUUUCGUCAUAAAGGCAAUUAUCAUAA